AAACAAGUUAAGCAAGUUGCAUACACUAGUAUCAGAAGCCCAUCCCACCCGGCAAUAAACCACAACGCGUCUUUUUCGUGUUUUAGACAGCGCGUUUAAACACGGACUAACAGUAGCUGGACAAGACAAGGGAGCGGAUUUCAAUCAGAGGUGCAUCGCUGCCGACUCGUUUCAGUGGCGCCCAGAGACCCGAGUCACUUUUCACUUCUACCUCCACUGGAUUGCGGUUUUCACACGGACCUGUUGGAAUAUAACAUGUUGAAAAUGGAAAGGAAAACGUUUUGUAUGAGAUUGUGUACUGUACUAUUUUUUACAAACUGUGUUUCAGGUAACUAUCCCAAGGCACAGAACGUUUCCUGGUCGUCUAUCAACUUCAAAACACUGCUUAUGUGGGAUCCUAAACCUUUCAACUAUUCAUACACUGUUGAAUAUUCUGUUGUUGGUCAGAUAAGAGAGUGGAACCAACAAUGUAUUCGGACCAUGGAGACUGAGUGUGACCUGUCCAACGUUCUGACUGACCUGAAGGCCACAUACUCAGCUGACGUCUUCUCAGAACCCCUACACAGAGUGAACUCUGACCUCACAGAGUUCCCCCACACCAGUUCGGAAGGGUUCACCCCUUACCAAGACACUCUUAUAGGCAGACCUGAGUUCAAGAUUGAGGUGAGCAAAGAUAAGAGGAAGAUCACCCUGUAUGUGGAAGACCCUCCCAUAGCCCUGUUCAACGAGCAGAACAAACUAAAGACCAUGCGGGAUGUCUUCGCUGAUGAGCUGCAGUACAAAGUCACCUUUGGGAAAGCAACGAGCACGGGCAAGAAAACCAAGAUGUCUGCCAGCAGUGAGAUAGAGCUAGACAGGAGGGAUAUAGAUCCUGGGGUGAGCUACUGCUUCAACGUCCAGGCCUACAUCCCCUCCCGCAGCACAGACAAACAGCUGGGAGAGCUCAGUCAAACACAGUGUUCACCGGGUGCCAAUAAGUCCUUCUUUGAAGAGUUUGGAAUCGGUGUGAUCGCUGGGUUCCUCCUCCUCGUCAUUACGAUCAUAGUAGUGGCUAUCGUAGUCACAGUGGUGUGCUGCCAACGCACAAGGAAAGCCAACACAAGUGGGAAAGAAGGAGUGCCACUAAGAAGUGUGUAAUUUUUUUUUAUCGUCGACACACAAUUGGGAACACAAUGUACAGCUAAACUGGACUUUGAAAUGGAGGCUGCAGGUCAACAUUCUUCUGUGAAGUCGCACAGUGAAUAUGUUACACAUAACUGUAGUGUAGAUUUUGUUUCCGUGCACACGGUGCAAAUAUUUCCUUUUUAUUUGUUGAAGUGACACUUCUACUGCUGUGAAUAUUAGCUUUCAGAAACACUACCACUACCACUACCACUACCACUACCACUACCACUACCACUACCAUUACCAUUACCAUUACCAUUACCACUACCAUUACCACUACCACUACCA